GGCGGCGGGAGGUGCGGGCCUGGGCCUGGGCGUGUGCGGGGCUCAGCGGGCGCCCCUUUGCACCAUCCCCCGGGGUCCGGGGGAGCCCCCGAGCGCUGCCCGGCCGGGUGAAAUGGUUUUCAUGUGCUGAACUCCUUGGAUUGCUUCACUGCUGCACGUUGAGAACUUUGUAAAAAGCAGGAAGUCAAGAUGAAGAGCAGGGUGACACAAGUAAAUCAUGGUUCCAGUCAUGAAAGGAAGGAAAACUACAGUUCCCGACAUGAAAGUUUGUCUCCAGACGACAGAGAUAUGGAGCGUGAUAGGUCUCGGUCUCCAUCUCCCAGGAAGAGGAGAUACUCUGAUGACAGCAGAUAUGAUGAGGAAUAUUCAAGACGAGACUACUAUGAUGACAGAACUUCAGAUGGAAGAAGGAUGGAAAGGGGGAGAGAUAGACACUAUGAGAGAUGGGAGGACAGAGAAUAUGAUCGGAGGAAGCAGAGAAGAUACUCAUCACCUGACCGUAGGAGUCCAGAGAGGUCGACAGGCCAGAGCUCACUUGCUCAUGAAGAGACCACCUCAAAGAAGAAGAAAGAAGAAGUGGAUCCAAUCCUCACACGCACAGGUGGUGCAUAUAUUCCACCUGCCAAGCUCAGGAUGAUGCAAGAGCAAAUCACUGAUAAAAAUAGCUUGGCGUACCAGAGGAUGAGUUGGGAAGCCUUGAAGAAGUCAAUCAAUGGUCUUGUCAAUAAAGUGAAUGUUUCCAAUAUAGAAAACAUCAUUCAUGAGCUCCUUCAAGAGAAUAUUGUUCGGGGAAGGGGAUUGCUGUCCAGAUCCAUUUUGCAAGCUCAGAGCGCCUCUCCAAUUUUUACUCACGUUUAUGCAGCUCUUGUGGCAAUUAUCAAUUCAAAGUUUCCAAAUAUUGGUGAAUUGAUCCUCAAGAGGCUGAUACUGAAUUUUCGUAAAGGGUAUCGCAGAAAUGACAAGCAACUCUGCCUAACAUCUUCAAAAUUUGUUGCACAUUUGAUGAAUCAGAAUGUGGCUCAUGAGGUUUUAUGUUUGGAAAUGCUCACUUUGCUUCUUGAAAGGCCAACUGAUGACAGUAUUGAAGUAGCAAUUGGAUUUAUUAAAGAGAGUGGGCUCAAAUUAACAGAAGUUUCUCCUAGAGGUAUUAAUGCAAUCUUUGAUCGCCUUCGACACAUUCUGCAUGAAUCUAAAAUCGAUAUGCGUGUUCAGUACAUGAUAGAAGUCAUGUUUGCUGUACGGAAAGAUGGCUUCAAGGAUCAUCCAAUCAUUCCAGAGGGACUAGAUCUAGUGGAAGAGGAGGAUCAGUUUACUCAUAUGUUGCCACUGGAAGAUGACUACAACCCAGAGGAUGUUCUUAAUGUUUUCAAGAUGGAUCCAAACUUCAUGGAAAAUGAGGAGAAAUACAAAAUGCUUAAGAAAGAAAUUCUUGAUGAAGGUGACACUGAAUCCGAAGGAAAUCAAGAAGCUGGAAGUAGUGAAGAAGAUGAAGAUGAUGAUGAAGAGGAGGAUGAAGAUGGUCAGAAAGUUACUGUCCAUGACAAAACUGAAAUUAACCUGGUCUCCUUCCGUCGUACAAUUUAUCUGGCUAUUCAGUCAAGCUUAGACUUUGAAGAAUGUGCUCACAAACUGCUGAAGAUGGACUUCCCUGAAAGUCAGACUAAAGAACUCUGCAAUAUGAUACUUGACUGCUGUGCUCAGCAAAGAACAUAUGAGAAAUUCUUUGGGUUACUGGCUGGGCGUUUCUGCAUGUUAAAGAAAGAAUAUAUGGAAUCCUUUGAAGCCAUUUUCAAGGAACAGUACGAUACCAUUCAUCGUUUGGAAACGAACAAACUGAGGAAUGUGGCCAAGAUGUUUGCUCAUCUCCUGUACACAGAUUCUAUUCCUUGGAGUGUCCUUGAAUGUAUUAUACUGAGUGAAGAAACUACCACAUCCUCCAGUAGAAUUUUUGUCAAAAUAUUCUUUCAGGAACUCAGUGAAUAUAUGGGACUUCCUAAUUUAAAUGCAAGAUUAAAAGAUGAGACACUGCAGCCUUUCUUUGAGGGAUUAUUGCCUCGGGAUAACCCAAGAAACACUCGCUUUGCCAUCAAUUUCUUCACUUCUAUUGGCCUUGGAGGACUAACGGAUGAAUUACGGGAACAUCUUAAAAAUGCACCAAAGUUGAUUAUGACCCAGAAGCAAAAUGUUGAGUCAUCAGAUUCCUCUUCAUCUUCAGACACAGACUCUUCCUCAGAUUCUGAUUCUGACAGCAGCAGUAGUAGUUCAGAGUCAUCCAGCAGCAGUGACUCCUCAUCCAGCAGUGACAGCAGCAGCGACUCAGAUGUUUCUAAAGCCAAAAGAAAGAGAACGCAAAAGAAAAAUAGAGAAUCUGAUAAAGUUUCCAGGAAAAAACAAGAAAGGAGAAGGAAAUCGCUUGAAAAGAAAAUUGGAAGGAGACAGCAAGAGGAAAGAAGCGAUACCGAGAGCAAAUCAGAAAGAAAUCACCGACAUUUGAGAGACUCACACAGGAGAGAUGAUGUUUCAAAAUACCACCACAGAGAUGAGUCCAACGGCAGAGAUGGUUACCACAGCGGAAAGGACAGGAACCAUGAAAGAAGUAAGGAUCCAGAAAAUAAACACAGUAAUUCAAAACUGAAGAAAGCAGAAAGAAGAGCUUCUGUGUCUGAUGAUGAAAAUUACAGACACUGGAGCAAAGACGACGGACACCGUAGCAGGAAAAGAGAGAGAUCAAAAUCCCGAGAGCGGGAGCGUGGCCACUGCAGCCCGAGGCAGGAGGAGCAGGAGCAGCGCUCCCGGAACGGUUCAGAGAGGCAGCGGGACAAGCACAGCCGUUACCCCGAGCAGCAGCGGGAGUCCCGCAGGAACGACGACAGGCGCAGGGACAGCUCCCCGCACCGGCGGAAAUAGAGCCCAAGCCACCAUUUGCAACCAAGGUGCAUUUCUGACCUGUUAGAACUGGAUUGUAGAAUCUAUUACUGAAGUUUCUUUCAAAAAAAAAAAGAGAUUUUGUACAAAGCGGUCGUUUGCGUUUGUAAAUUUUACCAGACUUUUUCAAAUUUUCAGUACCUCUUUUUUAUAACUGUUUCUCAUGGAGUCUUUCUGUUAUGUUCUUUGUUUGGAAAGACAAAGCUCUUUAUUUUGUGAAUAAAACAGUAAGAUACCAGCAAAUUGGGUGUUCUGUCACUUAGUUUCAAGUAUUUUUAAUUGUAACUUUGCAAUCUAAAAAACUGGUUUUUAACUCCACUUGUAAAUUGAAAGCCAGAUGCUGAGGCUGGGAUGGUAUUGUACAAAUUUCAGACUACAAAUGUGUAUGUUACAUGAGAAAACGAUAAAAUUUUCAAACAGGCAUCCUAUAUCUGCAUGUUCUUUCAACCUCACAAGCAUGAAAGCCUUUUGACCAAAAUUUUCAGGAAAUCCUCAGUUGAUUUUUUUCUUCAAGACUUAAAAAUUGAAAACACAAUGUUGCUGUUUUAAAUGUCACAUGUGAAAGUGUGUCAGCUUGUUCUGUUACUUUUCACAAUGUUUUUUAAUAUUGUGACAUCCUGAGCUAGUUACACUUGUGAUGUUUUUGGAACAAAGGGUUGGUUUGGUUUUUAUUUUUCAGUUGUGACUUUGAUUUCCAAGUCUCAGUCUUCAGCUCUAUCCCUACAGCAGGAACAUUUAAGGAAGCUCUUUUCCAGUAUAUAAAAAACAAGAAAGCAAAAUGGGAUAUUUCAAAUCUUUUUACAUGUUUUGAAGUGCUCAAGUUUUUUGAAAGCAGAGUUCAAAAAAACCACCCCUCAGUUGCUGCAGCACUUCAUGAUAUAAAACUGUUCUGUCUGGAGUCAUGGUGUACAACUUGCUCAAUCUUGAUUUCAUGAGAAAUGAAUCAAAAUCAUCUGGGUAAGAUGAAUUCUCAACAGUAAGUUACAGAAAAAUUUACAAAGUCUUCAGGAUUGAAAUAGCAAAUAGUGUGGGGACAUGGUCAGUAGGAAAGAGGUGGUAGUUGCAGAUGAUGCAGUUGUUGCUCUAUGACAACAUUUCUUUUUUAUUUGGGUGGGAAAUGAACACAAAUAUUGGACAAAAGAGAACUUUCACAUUUCAUGUGUAAAUCAUAUUUCUUGUAUAAAGCAUAAGAAAUACAUUUGAGCUGUUUUAUAACAGAAAGUAGAAUCAUUCCUAAGGAAAUAGAUCAGUUUUGCAUAAAUCUUCUCACAGCAUUUUUCUAAGAAAAAUGUCUAUUUUAUUUUUUUCUGUAUUUGACAGAAUUUAUUUCUGCAAUCUUUCAUGUAAUAAAAUGUUUUCAGUCAAAAACAUUUUCAUAGAAAAUAAAUUUAUAUUGCAGAAAAAAUAAGAUUUCUGUCUUGUUAAGGCACAGCUAAAAAUACUUUGGUAGCAUCAUGUGUUAUAUGUUUAAACUGUUGGGUUUUUGCCCAACGCACGUCUCAUUUUCAAAAUGAUGUGUGCAUUUUGGCAGUGUGUUAAAUCCACAAAAGCUUAAUUUGAAAGAAUGUUUUCUAAAGAGAAUUCUGCUAAUUCUUACGCUUCUUUGAUAACUCCCUAUGUAUAUUAUUGAAAGGAAUCUAUACUCCAUUAUGGUUUAUUUGUACAAGCUUAUUUCAUAUAUCUACAGUAAUACUUCUCUUAAUAUGUUAUGGGUUUAAUAGCACAUAUUUUAUUAACCCAUAAUGUUUGAGACUUUCUGGUCUAGUUAAAAAGUUUGUUAAUUACACCUUUAAUAAAUGGAAAUAAAUUAAAACAAUA